UUGACAGUUACUUUUGUUUUUUCCCCAUAGUCUGCAGUUGUAAGAAGACAAACUUUCAUAAACAGCCGCAUCGUUAUUCUAUGCUCUGCUUAUAAACACUAGCUGAGAUAGUGAGAUUCCUUCAUCCACCUUCACACAGAGAGAGAGUGAGAAAGAAAGAUGAAGCAUCUGGGUUUUUGCCUCAUUUUGGCAAUUUUGAUCCACCAAAACUGCUUUCACAUUCAUGUUGAAGCAGGAGAUGGUUUCAUCAGAGCCAAAGGAGCUCAUUUUCUGUUGAAUGGAAACCUUUACUUUGCAAAUGGGUUCAAUGCCUACUGGUUGAUGUAUGUGGCUUCUGACCCAUCUCAGAGAUCUAAAGUUUCAGCUGCCUUUCAUGAAGCCUCAACCCAUGGCCUCACUGUGGCUAGAACUUGGGCUUUCAGUGAUGGUGGUUACAGACCCCUGCAGUACUCUCCUGGCUCCUACAAUGAGCAAACGUUUAAGGGCUUGGAUUUUGUUAUAGCCGAGGCCAGGAGGUAUCGGAUCAAGCUGAUACUGAGCUUGGCAAACAAUUACGACAGCUUUGGCGGGAAAAAGCAGUAUGUGAACUGGGCUAGAAGCCAGGGGCAGUACCUGACAUCUGAUGAUGAUUUCUUCAGGAAUCCUGUUGUUAAGGGUUACUACAAGAAUCAUAUAAGGACUGUUCUCAACAGGUAUAACAGCUUAACUGGAAUUCGUUACAAAGAUGACCCAACAAUCAUGGCCUGGGAGCUUAUGAAUGAGCCCAGAUGCACAUCAGAUCCUUCAGGGAGGACCAUUCAGGCUUGGAUAAGGGAAAUGGCUUCCCAUGUCAAAUCCAUAGAUAGAAAUCACUUGCUGGAAGCUGGUUUAGAAGGAUUUUAUGGGCAAUCGACGCCUCAGAGGAAGGGACUCAAUCCUGGUAUCGAAAUAGGAACAGAUUUCAUUGCAAAUAACCGGAUCCCUGGCAUCGAUUUUGCGACAGCUCACUCAUAUCCUGAUCAAUGGUUAUCGAGCUCAAAUGAACAAUACCAGAUUUCUUUCUUGAACAAUUGGCUCAACUCCCACAUCCAAGAUGCACAGUACAUUCUUCGGAAACCAAUACUUCUGACAGAAUUUGGGAAAUCGUGGAAAGAUCCAGGCUUCAGCACCUACCAAAGAGACCUGCUGUUUAAGACUGUGUACUACAAGAUAUAUUCAUCAGCUAAAAGAGGAGGUGCAGCUGGUGGAGGCUUGUUCUGGCAACUUCUAACUGAAGGCAUGGACUCCUUCCGUGAUGGGUAUGAGAUAGUUCUGAGCCAAAGCUCCUCUACUGCAAAUAUUAUCGCCCAGCAGGCUCACAAGCUUGAUCAGAUUCGCAAAAUUUUUGUAAGAAUGAGAAAUAUCGAGAGGUGGAAGAGGGCAAGGGCCAUCAGAGGCAGGCAUAUCGGAAACUAGGAAUUAUAUAUAUAUAUGCAUUGAUUGCAUGAAAGCUAAGCGUGUGGAGACAAGUAAAUCUAUAAUUUGGUUGUGUAGUUGUGAGGUUUCUAAGACUGGUUUCCCUCUUAGAGAUGAAUGAUGUUUGUCCAGGAGGGUAACUUGUAGUACUAGAUUAUCAAACUUUUCUAUAAUUCCAUAAUUAUGUUGUAAGCUGAGUUUUUCAAGGAGCUUUCUGUUUGUAAGCUGAUAUUGUUGAAUCACCUGUUUGCUGA